AUGUUGAAAUCAGCUCAUCCCGAGCUCGGGGCUUCAUCGGUGUUUGAUUUAGAACAUGAGAAGGAGAAAAAGGAAGAGAUUCCAAAAAUUACUGAUCAAAGUGACUCAAGGUAUACUGAGGCUAAAAAGAAACAUACAGAGCAUCGAUAUUCUACAACGAAUUUUCAUAUCUCUCCACGUAAACUUAGCUUAUUAGCUAAUCAAAUUGCCGGUAAAUCUCUUAACGAGGCAAUUAAACAAAUGGAAUUUUCACCAAAACAAGCGUCUAACAAAAUCAUGAAUUCUUUAAUAACUGCUCGAUGUCAUGCUUGGAGAUAUAAGGCCAUGGAAGCGGACAAGUGUUAUAUUGAACAAGCUUGGGUGGGUAAAGGGAUCUACCGGAAAAAACCAAAUUAUGGCGCGAGGGGUAGAUUUAGUUGGUUAAAGAUGAAAAAGGCACACAUGAAAUAUGUUAUCAAAGAAAGGAAAUCCGUUGAAGAAGUGGAAGGCAUAGGCAGAAAACGUAAAUUAAAAGGAUUCAAUUAUGAAAAGAAGAAAGUUUGGACGCCACUUAUUGAGGAUAAACCGAUAUAUAAUCCUACGCGAUUUUACAACUGGUAA